AUGAGUUCGAAUCCGAUCGACAUCAUAAUCGGUAUCGAUCUAUUCGGCACGCUCGUUCUCGACGGUGUUCGAAAAGGUUCCGAACAUGAGCCUACCGCGCAAAAUACUACUCUCGACUGGAUUCUGUCUGGACCAAUAGCCUCGUUUCCGACCUCUGAGUCAAUUUCUGCGUUUGCGCAUCACGAAGUCAGUAUUGAGAUUCUCGAUCGUGAUCUACUUUGCUUCUGGGAAAUCGAGGAAGUACCUCAGGAAGCUCCGCGGAGCCCUGAAGAACAUCAGUGCAAAGAGCACUUCAAAGCCACACAUUCCCAUUACGAAACCCUCGGUCAUAUAAUCGAAAGUCCACCGACGGAAAUCAUCAAAUCAGAGCAAAACUAUUACAUUCCGCAUCAUGUUGUCUUAUGUGAUAGCAGUGCAACCACCCGCUUACGAGUGGUCUUCAGUGCUUCAUGCCGCACCUCAAACGGAACGUCGUUGAACGACCAUAUUAUCGUUGUCCCUAAACUCCAGAAGGAUUUAGCCACUGUUAUAAUGUAG